AUGGCGAUCAUGGACGAAGAUGGGUGCACCGACCAUGACCCGCCAUCACCAAUUUCAGGGGAACUCGUCAGCUUCGACCCGAAUGGCGACCUUUAUUUACACGUUGGCGCGGGCGUUGAAGAGAAGACAAAGACUUACUUUGUGUGCUCAAAAGCGCUCGCCCGCGCGUCAACAGUGUUCAGAAAGAUGCUCUACGGUGGCUUCGCUGAAUCAGGGCACUUGGAUGAUGACCACGGAUGGACGGUGGACUUGCCCGAGGAUCGGCAACAGCCCAUGGAGAUGAUGCUGAAUAUCGUUCACGGCGCUUUCGAAAAAGUGCCGGAGAAGAUCGAACUGACGGAGUUGUACACGUUUCUUGUCGUCACGGAGAAAUACGAUGCGACUAAUAUUACGCGACCAUGGGCAAAGGGUUGGAUGGACGGUGUGAAGACGAGCAUGCAAAACCCGCUGUUGCUCGGCGUAGCGUAUGAGUUGGGAGACUACCAGACGUUCAACGCCAUGGCGAUGAAGAUUGCUACCGAAUGCCAUUUGGAUCAUGAGGAGGACUUGGUGUUUGGGUUUGCGGGGGAGAACAGGGAGAGUUACACAUACAAACUCAGGAAUUUGGACUGCUUAAUACCGGAUGGGUUGCUUGACGACGCCGCAUCAAUACGAAAGACUCUGCUCAUCGCCAUGCUGGACCCGUAUCUCAACCUCUACGCCGCUCUGAAGGGUGGCGACCGAUGCAUGUCCUCGCCAGGAGAUCCAUCCGGCGGAAAGAGAUGCGACAGCUUACUCUUGGGGUCUCUCAUCAGAUCCUUCGCCACGCAGAAUCUGGACCUCACGGCGAAUGAUCCCGUCAAGGCAUACCGCGGGAGUGCAUCGCACCUUCAGUCGGUGAUGCUGAAGCUGGAGCUGUACACAAUCCACUCAGGCUACGCUCACCCGACCACUUCGUCAUUCAGCUUUGGGCAGACCGCACCUUCCCGAUUCGGAUUCAGCAUGAGCGCAUGCGAGCACGUCCUACAGUCUGGGCUGCGGGAAGGAGUUGAGAGGUCGCUGAUGCUGAGAGGGGACAUGUCGUUUGCGCAGCCUAAGCAUAAAGAGUAUUUGACGAAACAGGCAAGCAAGACGGGCUUGCCAAAUGAGCCUGACAAAAAGCGACCCAAGCUGGAAACAACAGGGCCCACCACGCCUGUCGUUCUUGAGGAGUUUGGAGAUUUGCAACUCAGAGUUGGAUCCGAUCAUACUGACCAGCCCACCAUCUUCCUCGUCUGCUCCAGGACGGUAGCAAGAUCGUCGCCGGUGCUGAAGAAAAUGCUCUAUGGGGGUUUCGCGGAGUCCUUAAGCGCCCAGGCAAAGAAGGAGAACUGGGUGGUCGACUUACCCGACGACAGACCUGACUCUUUCAAGAUCUUUCUCCAUGUCAUACAUGGUCACUUCGACCAAGUACCGUCGAGAAUCGCAAUUGACAAUUUAUACCUACUCCUGGUACUGCUUGACAAGUACGACAGCAUCGAUCUUAUUCGCCCAUGGGCAAAGCCCUGGCUCAAAGGUAUCAAGACCUCGGAAAGCUUGCCAUUGGCAUCGUACAUCGCAUGGAACCUUGGCCACAAGGAGACUUUCCAAUCAAAGAUGACGAAAAUCAUCCACGCAUCCUUCAUCGACGAGCAAGGUAGCCUGUCGUAUGAACAGAAUUGCCGUUCGAAGGAAACCGACACCAUCCGUGAAAUGCGCCACAAGUUGGUGAGCAUUCAGUUUGAGCCGUACAUUCAACUCUACAAAUCCCUCAUCUCCGAGCAGGGACUAUGCCGCUACCGAGCUAGGGUGAAGCCCCAUCUCCUGGAAGCCGGAAUGAGAUGUGACUCAGUAGCUCUGGGAUCGAUGAUCAGGGAGUGCUUGCUCCAGGGCAUUGAUAUCAUGGCUCAAGACCCAGCGGAAGCUUACCGCGGGACUGUGCGUCAACUGGAGGACAAGCUCGCUGCAUUGAAGAUCCUUCCGGCGGCCAAGCGCAUUCGCCUCGACAAGGCAGUCAUGCCAACGCCGACGCCGACGCCGACCACGACGUUCGACAGCAAAGGCGACUUGCACCUUGUUGUUGGCAGCGACGUCCGUGCCGGGGACCCGUCAACCUUCCUCGUCUGCUCAAGAACCCUGGCACGAUCGUCUCCGGUAUUCGAAAAGAUGCUCUUCGGUCCCUUUGUCGAGUCCCGUCCGUCUCCCGAGUCGUCAAAGCAAGAGUCCGCCUGGGUCGUGCACCUUCCCGAAGACGAUCCCAACCAUUUGGGGGUCGUGUUGAAUAUUCUGCACUGCAAUUUCAAGAUGGUCCCACAAAACUUCUCCUCUCCCCUCCUCUCAGGCAUGGUCGCCGUUGCGGAUAAGUACGACUGCAUCGAAAUCUUUCGACCGUGGGUCAAUUCCUGCAUUCCCAGUCUCGACUAUGACCACUUUCACAACCCGAAAUUCGUCCUUCAUAUUGCAUGGCAUUUGGGGUGCAUCGAUACCUUCAGACAAGCAUUGCUAGCCAUCAUUGAGCACUCGUUCAUCUCCGAAAUGGACGAGAUCUUGAUCUUCACAAGACCUCAGUCAACGGGAUGGAGGCCUCCCUGGGAGGAGCCACAGGACCUUCACGAAUACCUGGGCAACCUGGUCCCUGUGGAAGUUGUCGAUCAAAUCAAGCAUCAUCGCGCCAAAUUCGUCCAAAAGAUGAUAGAGCCUUUCAUCAACCUACAUGAUGACCUCGUAAACGGCAAGCCCUGCUGUUCUAUACCCGAGGACCAAGAUGAGUGUGACGGCCUGCUACUUGGUCGCCUGGUUAGAAAUUUCCGCUGGAGGGGCCUAGAACAGCCUACGAAAGACGCAGUCCAGCGAUAUAGCGGCAGCAUUAUCGAUCUUGAGGAUAACCUUGAGGGCAUGAAUCUCCAAUUCGACGCCACGAUGGGACAUCACCGGGCCAAAAGAACGAAGCUUGACGACACUGUCGGACCUCAGACGAUCACCGUGGAGGAGGAUGGCGAUCUGCAUCUCGUCGUGGAUGGGACGGGUCUGCCCGAACCCAAAACCUACGUUGUCUGUUCCAGGGCCCUUGCUCGCCAUUCACCUGUUUUGAAGGCGAUGCUUUUCGGUGCCUUUGCGGAGGCUCGUCGCCCCACAGACGGGAGCCAGUGGGUAGUCAAGGUAUCAGAGGAUAACCACAAGCAGUUCCCAGUCUUUCUCAGCAUCGUCCAUGGUUGUUUCCAGGAUGUUCCGAAGGAGCUUGAUAUCCAAGACCUGGGCGCGUUGCUUGUCAUUGUUGAAAAGUAUGAUGCUUUACCCAUCAUACGGCCAUGGGUCAAAGGAUGGUUGGAAACGUCCCGCAAGAGAUGGUCUGAGGAAGGUUACUCCCCUCACCUGGUGUGCUAUGCCUGGAUGACCGGACAUCGUGCGAUCUUCGAGGAAGAAAUGCGAAACGCGGUCUACGCUGAGAAGGUCGAGCCUGACUUUCAAUUCUUUGAUCCCGAGGCCUUGAUCCCCCCGGAUCUAUUUGCAGAAAAUGGAUUUUAUGACAGCGAUGGCGACUUGAUACUCCACGUCGGCCCAGAAAUGGCACGAUUCAGGGUGUGUUCCAAGACACUCGCACGAUCAUCUCCGGUCUUCAAAAGGAUGCUGUAUGGAAAUUUCGCCGAAUCGAAACCUUCAGUUGGCGCAAACUGGGUCGUCAGGCUACCCGAGGAUGAGGCCAGGGCGAUGGCAAUAUUUCUGAGCAUCAUCCACGGAAAAUUCCACGUCACGCCGGAAGCAUUGUCCGUCCGAGACCUUUACGAUCUUCUAACGCUCACUGAGAAGUACGAUGCCACCGCCCUUCUUAGGCCUUAUGCACAUCGAUGGAUCGAUGCUGUUGGGUCCCAGAUGGACGAUCCGUAUCUUUUGUGUGUGGCGUGGGAACUGGGUCACAUUGAGCUCUUCGAGAAGAUGAUGGUCGCCAUCACUCGAGACUGUACCGUUCAUGAAGAUGGCAUGCUUCUAUACGGAAUACCGAUGAAUGAGCUCUCAAGCUGUACGUCAGAUGAGACCGCGUAUCCUGACCCAGACAAGAAGUCAGAGAUGCCUUGCUCAUUUGACGUGAAUUCCGUGUCUCAGCGUGCCACGCAUCUGGAUAACUCCUGGACCUUCCCAUUGGACUCGAUCCUCCAUCUGCAGCCAGAAAACAUGAUCGGUAAGCCGGACAGAAGCUAUACCCAUGGCAACCUUCGGACGCUAACAAAAGAUGAAUCAGAGACAAUCAAGAAGAACCGUAUGGUGCUAGUCCAGGAAUACCUGAAGCCAUAUCUAAUACUCUACGACGAUCUGGCUAGGGGCAGAUGCACUGUAGACUUGGGCCGCCGAGAACACUUGACAUCAACUGAGGAGCACUCGGCAUGCGACGCAAUGGCCUUCGGGUCUCUUUUCAAAGCCUUCCAAAGCCUCGGUCACAACAUCACGUUACCGGGCAUUGCGCACAGGUAUAACGGAAGUUUUACAGACCUGUUCUCUGCUCUACCUCGAAUGACGACACCCACUGAAGUCAAAGUCUACGACAAGGAUGGCGAUCUGACCCUUCGCGUAGGACCCACGGAGACACUCUAUCAAACCUGUUCUCGCAGCCUCGCUCGGAAAUCGCCGGUUUUCGAGAGGAUGCUCUUUGGCAAUUUUGCAGAGUCUCGCCCCGCUGUUGGUGAUUGGGUGGUCGACUUGCCUGAAGAUGACACUCGAGCGAUGGGGCUCUUUCUGGCAGUGGUUCAUGCACAGUUCGAUAAAAUACCAAGACCCUUGCCGCUCGCAAGUUUAUACGCACUGCUCACACUCACCAACAAGUACGACGCCAGCGCCAUUGUACGAGGAUUCGGGCGCUCGUGGAUAGCCUCGCUGCAGAACUUUGUGCAGGAUUAUCGGCUGCUGGGAGUCGCUUGGGAACUCGGUGACUCAAUAGUGUUUUCGAAGAUGAUGCGGGUGAUGAUCGACAAUUCAGUCGUUGGCUCCGAUGAUCAGUUGCAUUUUGAUCACGGCCUUGGACCCCAUCCAUUUCCACUCGAAGAUUUCAUCCAUCUGAGACCGACGAGACUCAUUGAGAUGAUUGCGGAGGGACGACAGUCCUUGAUAGGAGUCGCGUUGCGGACGUUGACCACGGGCCUGCACAUCCGUACGGGAUCCUCAAUAUACGAAUGCCGGUAUCUGAAAACCAUCGCUGCUGCUGUACGAUUCUGGGAUCGUUGGUCAAGAUCCUUGCGCAUGAGGGAUUGUCGCUCGAGGCCGUUUGCGGAGAGGAUGCGUUCCGUCACAGCCCCAGAAAGUUUCGAAGAAUACUGCAAGAUCUUCGCUUCACACCCAGAGUGUGAGAAAGCUAUCGCCAAGGUUUUGUGGGAUGGGGCUAUGCAAAUGGAUAAGGUCUGGAAGGAAAAAGUGGUCUUGAUACGAGAGGAUCAAAGUGAAGUUUUGAUGAGACAGGCACAGAAGACAGGUUCCUAUCUGGCAUGGGGUAGCUACCUUAGAUGA